UCUAUUCUUUGCUCAAAUCACUAGUUAACAAAGAGAUGACUAUUAAUUGCUGAAUAAGAAAUGAAGUAAUUAUCACAAGUUGGAAACAGAAAUAAAAAUCUAAAAAGAAAUUGACAUCUCAUCAGCUGGUAAUAUUUUAGUCUUCUAAAAAAUUCUCUACUUCAAGUAAUUCUUCUCUUGCAUAUCAUACAAGAAUUUGCAGCUGGUUCUCAAACUAGUGGAGAUGGAGAAAGCGCCUCGGAAACCCAUUUUUUGUUCGACUCCAGUUACCUUUCUAGUUGUCCUUUCUUUGCUGUAUAUUGAUCUUUUUUGGGCCAAUUUUAUUUCAUUUGAUCGACGGAAGAAAGACUGCUCUAAUUCAGAAACCAUUUUCAACAAUAGAAAGAUCAUCAAUGAAACAGAUGAAGAAAAGCAGAACUCCCUGGAUUUUCUCUUCUCAAGCCUCCUGACAGGGGAAGAUCGGUCGAAGCUAAAAGCUACUGGAUUUGCAUGUAACACGGCUGUUCAUUCGAUCCAUUGUGUUACGAAUCGACCUGUAAUGAUCGACACAAGAACCAUGACAGUUUAUAUUCCCUCUGAUCAGCCUGUUCAAGAAACUGUGAUUAAGCCAUAUUCUCGGCAAGAAGAUCAUAAUCUUCUCAAAAUUGUGACACCGGUCAAGAUUUUGCACGGGAACACGACGCCACCAGUUUGUCAACACAACCACGAAAUCCCUGCUGUGAUCUUCUCAUCUAGUGGCUUUGUGGGCAAUGUAUUCCAUGAAAUCAAUGAAAUCAUCAUCCCUUUGUAUAUUACUAGUAAAAACUUUAAAUCCCGCCUUUUGUUCAUCCUUGAGGACUACAAGCAGUCAUUUCUAAGCAAAUAUGGUAAGGUAAUCUCUCGUUUAUCGUCCUAUGAGGUGAUGAAUCCGGCUGCAGAUCAAAGUGUGCAUUGUUUUCCUGGAGCUGUAGUCGGACUUAUGUUUCACGGCCAUCUGUCUUUGAAUUCGAGCGAUGUCCCUAAAGGCCAUUUGAUGCGCGAGUUAAGGCAGUUUCUUCGACAGGCAUUUAAUCUCAAGUUUAGCCAUGUAUCCCAGAUCAAAAGGCCAACGUUAAUGCUUUUAUCUCGUAGAACGACAAGAAGAUUUUUGAACGAAGAUGAAAUGGUUGCAAUGAUGGAAGACUUAGGCUUUCGAGUAAUUGUAGUUGCAAGAGCAAAAGUAGUAUCGAAUUUGAACAUAUUCGCCAAUCUGAUAAACUCGUGCAAGGUGUUCGUGGCUGCACACGGUGCUGGCCUAACAAAUGAGUUGUUCUUGCCUGAUGGUGCAGUCAUGGUUCAAGUUGAUCUGGUUGGCCUAGAAUGGGCAGGGGCGACCUAUUAUGGGAACCCGGCUCAGGCAAUGGGGGUGCAUUACUUGCGAUAUAAGAUCGAGCCAGAGGAGAGUUCACUUUUGAAAGUCUUCGGACGAAAUCAUACGGUAAUGACGGAUCCCAGAUCGGUCCACGACCCAUUAGGCAAGGAAGCGUAUCUUAACGGUCAAAAUGUAAGAAUCAAUCUUGCAAGGUUUCGGGAGACAUUAGUAGAAGCACUUAGUCUUGUUGGAGAUUCGACUCUAUGAUUUUACGCGUAAGUGAGGAUUCAUGUCUUGAGUCGAGCAAUCAGGCAAAUGUAUCAAUGUGUUGCUCACUACAUAUCAGGCAAGUGCAAGUAUGAUGAAAAACAAUUCAAGUGCAGAUUUUCUUUAUGAAAUGAUGCAGAUUUCAACUUUCUUAUAAGAAGCAUUUAGGCAAGCAAUUUCACAUUUAUCAUUGUGGCUAGUGUAGAAUUCCUCAUUGAUCUGCAAUUAAAUGAAGAUGGAACCAGCAUCAAGUUGUGGAGCUUAAUUAUUCUCUGUCGUACACAUAUGAUUAGAGAUAGUUUAGAAUUUUCACAUUUGUAAUUUCGAUUUUGUCCCAGAAAAGGAGAGUUGUCAUUAGGGUUUUGAAUAAUCAUUAAAAAAGAAAAAGAAAGGUUAGAGAAGAUAGGGUGUACUAUUUUUCUCUCGUAAACUUCUUUUCAUUAUGGUGAAUUGCAGAUACGGUAUACGAAAACGUAGUUUCCCAUUGAA